UCUGAUAGUUCCAGGCAGGGAACAGUUAAUUGCCUGACAGCAAUGGGAAAUGCCUCCCUGCUCACUCCCUCUCUCUUACUACCCUCCCUCUUUCUUCACCUCCCCUUUCUCUCUCCUUAGCGAUGUCGCCCUACCUUUCUCUCCCUCUUCGGUCCUCUCUCUCUCUCUCGCUCUCUGCCUUGCUGUGAGUAGGUGUUUCCCUACUGUGGGUGAUUGGUGCGAGUCUAUAUAGGAGGGGAGACGUUCUGAGUCUAUCGCCCGCUUGCCACACGCUCCCCACAGGACUACCUGUUUUUUUUUUUCCGUUUCUUUUUUUCCUUCGAGGAUUUACACUUUCAACUGACAGCAUGUCAGAGGGUAGGAAGAAUGAGAAGAAAGGGAGAAAGAGUGGAGGGAAAAGAGCGCAGAAAGAGGAGAGAGAGCGCAAAGAGAAAGAAUUGAGCGAUCCAACAACAGCUAACGCCCCAAAGUUGAAGCGGUUGAGGAACCCACUGAUGGUGGAUGAGGGGAGCAGGCUCACGGUCAAGUGUGAGGCUACAGGAAACCCCAUCCCUACCUACAAAUGGUUCAAAGAUGGCAGCGAGCUCAAGAAAAGCAGAGAGGUGAAAAUAAAGUCCAGCCAGAAGAACUCCAGGGUCCAGAUCAGCAGAGCCAAGCUGGAGGAUUCUGGGAAUUACACGUGUGUGGCGAAGAACCUUCUGGGGAACUCUACUUCCACAAGCACUGUUCAUGUCCAAGGCAUAACCACCACACCGUCUCCAGGCUCGGGCCAUGCCAGAAGAUGCAAUGACUCAGAGAAGGCCUACUGCGUGAACGGCGGCGACUGUUACUUCAUACAUGGUAUCAAUCAGUUCUCCUGCAAGUGUCCGAAUGACUUUACUGGUGAUCGCUGUCAAAACUACGUCAUGGCCAGUUUCUACCAGCAUCUUGGGAUUGAAUUUAUGGAAGCGGAAGAGCUCUACCAGAAAAGAGUCCUGACAAUCACGGGUAUCUGCGUGGCUCUACUGGUGGUUGGCAUUGUGUGUGUGGUGGCCUACUGCAAAACCAAGAGACAGAGGAAGAAGAUGCACAAUCACCUGCAGCAGAACAUGUGUGCAGAUCACCCCAACCGGAACCUAGCGAACGGACCCAAUCACCCAGGACCUGGCCCUGAGGAGAUACCCAUGGUAGAUUACAUCUCUAAGAAUGUGCCUGCAACGGAGCGAGUCAUAGGGCAUGGACCAGAGGACUCAUUCCCCGGCAGCCAUGCAUCUUCCAGAUCUCACAACUCCUCUACCCAUGCCCAUUCAUCCACUCACAGACACGAGGAGCGGACGUGGAGCCUGGAGCGGACUGACAGUGUCCUCUCAGAUUCACCAGGCAUGAUGUCGUCCUCCGUGGGGACCAGUAGGUGCAACAGUCCUGCGUGCAUGGAGGCCAGGGCUAGGCGUGCCGCACACUGUGGCUCUACUGUGCCCCACCGGCCGGGCCUGCACUACGGAGACUCAUUUGAUUCGCUGGGGGACUCUCCACACAGCGACAGCUAUGUGUCGGCCCUGACAACGCCGGCCCGUCUCUCUCCGGUGGACUUCCAUUACUCGCUGCCCCCGCAGGUGCCUACCUUCCAGAUCACCUCCCCCAACACCAGCCAGGCCAUGUCCCUGCCACCCGCCGCCCACACCCCCUACCCCCUGGAGGACGACCAGCCUCUGCUGCGGCGCUACCAGGUGCCCCUGCACGACAUCCAGCGUCAGGAGCCUUACCGGCAGCAGCGCCACACCUACCUGAACGACAGCACGGGCAGCCUGGCCUCUAGUCCCUACCGCCUGGCUGAGGAAGAAGACUACGAGACCACACAGGAGUACCUCUCCUGCCUGGAACAACCAAAGAAAAGUGGGACAGGCAGCGGUGGUGGUGGGGGUCGGGGUGGGGGUCGGCGCUUGCGAAGGUCCAGACUGAACGGCUACGUAGCGCCGCGAGGAUACGAGGCGUCACGGGACUACGGCUCUCGCAGCUGCCUGACGGACAGCGAGUCGGAGGAGGAGGGCGAGAGCACGCCCUUCCUUAGUAUGCAGAAUAUGAACGCCGAGCCCUCCACCAUCUGCAGGCCGGCCAACAUUCAGACUUCUCAGUCGCACUCUUCGGGGCGGCACGGUGCACGCGGGACUGUACAGACCAGACAGACGCACUCACGGUCCAAACCGGACAAUGUACCCCAUUAAAGAAAGAAGACAAGCUACCAACAAAAAUCAAUAUACUAUAAACCUGCACCUAUACAAAAAAUAUUUUUAUUUUAUAUAACUGACAGAUAUUCUAAACAAAUGAAAUAUUUAUUUUCAUUUUUAGCAAAAGUUGUCUACUAGUUAACAGCAAAUACUUUUUUAUAGGGAAAACUCUAUUUAUAUGUACAUUUUGAUUUACAGCAUAAAAAGACGUGCCAAUUUUUUCAAAACUUCAAAAAUUGAGUAAUAUUGUGGUGCCUUUUGCUGUAUGCUGAUGGCAGAGGGCCAGUGGAAGUUUUUGUAGCCUUUCUUAUAUGGACAUCAUUUUUUAUAUACAUUUCCUGUUUUGUUUUCUCUUUUGGGCUUUGUUUUUUUUCUUUCCAGGCUGCGUUCUUCUGGGAGUUUAGCCCCAUUUGAACAUUACCCCUCCCCUUCCACAUCAUGCAAUAUAAACCACUUAAUCAUAAGGUGUAUGUUUACAUGAAUAUAAUUCACCUAUAGGGUUUAUAAUUUUGGGACUCUCCAAUAGAAAAUCAGAUAAAUGCAACGCACGUCCUUGCUCUCUGAGUGGGGAGGAGUGUUUGUGCGUGCGUAAGUGCGUUUGCUUGUGUGGGGGGGAUUUUGUGUACAGCUAUGCUUGUGCGUGCGUGAGUGUUAGAUGUCCUAAUGUGUUGUUGUACCAACCAACGGGUUGCUAUAUUGGGUGCCAAAGCAAGCUGUAUCAGUAGAGGAAAGCUGCAGGUGCACAUUGAAGAUCAGCCUGGGUUCCAGGGUUGCGCUGCUGUUGGGUAGAGAGUUCUGUUGGGUAGAGAGUUCUGUUGGGUAGAGAGUUCUGCAUGUCAUUGCUUGAUGGGUGUUUACAGCUGCCCCGCCUUUGUUUCCUGGCGCUCUCCUUGUCCCAACAGGGUAACGGUUUGUCUCCUGGCCCCCUUCUUGUCCCAACAGGGUAAGGUUUGUCUCCUGGCCCCCUUCUUGUCCCAACAGGGUAAGGUUUGUCUCCUGGCCCCCUUCUUGUCCCAACAGGGUAAGGUUUGUCUCCUGGUCCCCUUCUAGUCCCAACAGGGUAACGGUUUGUCUCCUGGCCCCCUUCUUGUCCCAACAGGGUAAGGUUUGUCUCCUGGCCCCCUUCUUGUCCCAACAGGGUCAUGUUUGUCUCCUGGCACCCUUCUUGUCCCAACAGGGUAAGGUUUGUCUCCUGGCCCCCUUCUUGUCCCAACAGGGUAAGGUUUGUCUCUUGGCCCCCUUCUUGUCCCAACAGGGUAAGGUUUGUCUCAUGGUAGCCUCCAACGUCCUGGCUGUCUGUGAUUCUGAAGAAGAAAUGCUGUUGGCCAGUGUCUCAGUUGGUCUGGAGAUAUCCCUGCCAUCAGUGAUAUUGUUUCAAUACAAUGAGACUAAACUAAAAGCAAGAACAUCCCAUGAAUGUAUCUAUUUCUCCCAUCACCCCAUGCCUCCUCCUCCUCCUCCUCCUCCUCAUCCUCCUCACCUGUCCAUUGUGUACCUGUGGCCAAAGUAAAGGUCCGCACAGCAUCUCAGGACUUCCACCCACCCCUCUGCCCCCUCUGCCCCCUCUUGCUCUCUCCCUCUCCCUCCACCAACAUAUUUACCCAAGACUAAGGUCCCCACACGGACAUAAAGGACACGCCCAACAUGCUAUUCCUCUGAGCACUCCCGUCUAGAGAGAAGGAAAGCAGAGUGGAAUCUCAGUGGAGAACAGAACAGAACAGAACAGAACAUAAUAGAAUAGAAUAGAAUAGAGCAGAAUAUACUAAACCAAUACAAGAGAAAUAGCUGUGAAACUUUGGAGGAUCAUAAAAUGCCAAAAUAUGCAAACUUUCUAUUUUGCUCAGUUUGAUGACAUCAUUUUCUAAGAGGUGACUGUAGUGUGUUGUGUGAAACCUAUGUAAUGCCUAUUGUGCAGAAGAAGUAACAUGAUAUCAAUACAUAUUUAUAUCCAUUCUUAUUUUUCAUGCAGUAAUGCAGCCGUUGCUCAAAUUGUCCAUUUUCCUCAUUCACAGAUUCAUGUCCAUUGACUGAUUGUGUUCAUUAAUUCUUAUCUCACUGAGUCCAGGCCAAGCAGACAACACACAAGUCUACAGUAAUUACUAAUCACUUUAAAGGGUCUCAUUCACUAAUGUUGAGUGCUGCUCAGUGUUGUGAAUAAGGAUAAUAAUGUUGCUUGUUAUGAAGUAUGUCACUAACUGGUUAACAAUUUAAAAAGGUAACAACACGAUUUGCUCAAACUCCUCUGUCCUCCACUGAGGGAAGGGUUCAUGUUUGAAAGAUCAUUUCAUAACUGUCAAAAAUGUAGGAGGAACUGGUUCUGACAAUGCAUUUUAAAUGUAGUGAGAGAAGAUUGUUGAUAAUCCUGAAAAACUGGUUAUAUACAUUUUCAAAUAUAACCAAAAAACUGAAAUUACUGUACCAGGACAAAUCAUCAGAUAAAUCUAGAUCAAAACCAAACCGACAAGUAGGACUUAAAACAGAACUGGUAACGGCUGGUAGAUGAAGGUGCAGUGACAUAGUCACAGGUUUUCUGUCAAAUCUCACAAAUAGAUUUUCUCUCCUUUUGGUUUCUCACACUCUGGGUCAAAUGUUGUAUGUUCGAAAAAUGCAAAAGAAGACAGUGCUUCUAGUUAGUUUAAAUGUGAUAUUCCCCCACCUUGCCCCUCCCCUCACCCAAUAGAAGGGCUGCCAGGUUCGUCCUGUCAGUUUCUCAUGUUUUUAUUUUUCUUCCCUCGCUUGAAAUGUUUCAACACCUCUCCUCUGCAUGUACUUGUGGUCAAGGUAUAUGGGUGCAUGGUAAAAAGCAGCAGUCACAUUUUUUUUCAGUCAGUGAAAGUGUAUUUCAUUUAACAUUCAGCAAUAAAAAAUAUCCCCCCCCCCAUCUCCAUUCUAGGAAUAUGCUAGAAAAAAAGUAAAAAUGCGAGAUUGUCAUAGAUUGUAAAAUAAAAUGAAAAACAUUUACCACCUGUU